UCAUGCCCAUUUUUAACCGAGUCCAUUUAUAUAAGUUUAGAAAAAAUCUAGAUUCUCCCUCUCGUGUCUCAUCUUCCAGGAGAUAAAUAAUAAUAAUAAAAGACUUAUUGUUCGCCAUAUACACUCAGGAUUAGAUCCGGUUUCUGUUCCUGAGCUUAUCCAGUAUGGAGAAUAUGCAGAGCUACUGGCAAUUAGGGGAUGAACUUAGAGGGCAGUCAAAAGUGUCGGAGGAUCAGAAGUGGUACGCAGCGGCGUCGAGGUUGGCUGAACAGACUAGGUCAAAGGGCGAACGGAGAAACAAUUUGGAUCUGUCGAAAGUGUCGGUUGACCCAAGGCCAAGAGAUAAUGUAGGGUUUCAAGAGGAAAACAAGUUUGAAAGCCUCAACUUUAAUAUGUUAAAUCUGAAUCUUGACAUGAAGAUGAGUGAGAGCAUGAGCAAAAGUUCGCUUCGGAAUGCGGCUUACAACACCAACGCGGUGUAUCAGAAGGGGAACAAUAGGGUUAUGGAGAACUUGAUUAGUGGGAAGUAUCCUGGAAACAGUCUCAACAAGGAUCUUAACACCAGCAGCAACAACAAUAACAAUAACGAUAGUAACAACAAUAACAAUGCUGCUGAUAAAAGGUUUAAGACUUUGCCUGCAGCUGAGACCCUCCCUAGGGAUGAGGUUCUUGGUGGAUACAUCUUUGUCUGUAACAACGACACUAUGCAGGAGGACUUAAAGAGACAACUCUUUGGUUUGCCACCAAGAUACAGGGACUCUGUUCGGGCAAUCACACCUGGGUUACCUCUGUUUCUUUAUAACUAUACCACUCACCAGCUGCAUGGUAUUUUUGAGGCAACAACUUUUGGUGGUUCCAACAUCGAUCCAACUGCUUGGGAGGACAAGAAAUGCAAAGGCGAAUCUCGGUUUCCUGCUCAGGUGAGGAUCCGUAUAAGGAAAGUUUGCAAAGCAUUGGAAGAAGAUGCUUUUAGGCCAGUCUUGCACCACUAUGAUGGUCCUAAGUUUCGGCUUGAGCUGUCCAUCCCCGAGACACUGGACUUGCUCGACCUCUGUGAACAAAAUGGGGUUUAAAGUUUGUGUUGCUGCCAGUAUUAGCUCAAAGGGUAUCCGUAUCGUGCAUAAGCAAAGAUGGAUUAGGGGUAAUAUUGUGCAAGUGUAGUAGGAUGUUAAGCAACAUUUUCUUCAUGGAGCUUCUGUAUAAGCGCAAGCUUGAGUGAAGUUGUUUUGUGGGGGCGCCGGACUACAAACCUGGCCGGUUGCUGCUGAUGAAUAAAUGUUUUACGGGUGGAUGGUGUUUGUAUUACCUUUAAUAGCUAGCUUAUGCAAUGAACAAAUUAUGGGAUAACCUGUGUGUAAUGGCAAAAGUCGUCUUUACAAAGAUGACAAAUAUCCUAAAAUGUUUUGAUUUUUGUGGUGAUAAAACUAUGUUCAUUAGGUUGGUUGUGGUUUUGGUUUGUAUUGUAUUGUAUUGUAUA